AUGAAGGAGUGGACCAUGGGCCGCGGCGCGACGGCCCGACGCAGCGGCAGCAGGCAGGUCGGGGCGACGGCGUGGAUCACGGACCGCGGCAGAGCAUGGGUCGUGGUCCGAAUGGGCGGUGUACCGGCGGCUCGUGGGUCGGGGCAGCCGCUGGGAGAACCUGUGGGCGGCGGUGCUACGACCCAAUGGGGCGACUCAGCGGUCAAUUUUUUGCACGCUGCAACUCGUGCUAUUGAUCCGUCCCGAUCGAGUCGGCCGCUGCUGCUCCCGCUCGAAAUCGCCGACCUCCUGCUCGAAGUCGUCGUCGACUGCGGCUGCUCCCACUCGAAGCUCCCUCCCGCUCGAAGCUCCCUCCCGCUCCCGCGGAGUCAGCCGCCGCCGCUCCCGCGGAGUCAGCCGCCGCCGCUCCCGCGGAGUCGGCCGCCGCUGCUCCCGCUCGAAGUCGCCGUCCUCCCGCUCGCAGUCGUCGACCGCGGCUGCUCCCGCCCGAAGCUCCCUCCCGCUCGAAGUAGGCCGCCGCCGCCGCUCUCCCCGUGCUCGGCCACCGCGACCUGCAGGCCUUCGUGCUCUCCCUCGCGCGCCCCCGUACCAGGCCCCACGCCCGCCCGUGCUCGUCCGCCCCUCCCGCGGCUGCCGUUCGCGCGUGGUCUUCCGCCUGCUGUUCGGUGGUUCCUCUGA